AGCACAAUCAUGAAUGCUCUAAUGGGAGUUAAAUUAAUGGGAGGCGGAGUCUCUGGUUGCCAAUUGCGUGCAAUGUUACGUAUGGUUACAGCGAUGCCACAACGACAUCAGUUCUCUUCCUCCUCUGUUUCCCUCUCAUCCACGACUUCGAAUGACGACAAUGGUAAUCACAGCAUUGACAAUGAAACAACACGGAAGUCGAUUGGAAACAGCGAUACUAUUAGUUCUGCGGACAUAAAGAAAUCUGUUUUCAUUUCACAAUCGUAUGACAUUUUCACCAAUCUUGCAUUAGAAGAUUGGCUCUACCGUCACUUUGACUUUAGUCGCCAUCAUGUCCUGUUGUUGUGGGCAAAUGAUCCAUGUGUUGUUAUCGGACGUCACCAAAACCCAUUCACCGAAGCCAAUGUCUCCAAACUUGUGGACAAGGGAAUUACAUUGGCUAGACGUAAUAGUGGAGGUGGUGCCGUAUACCAUGAUAGGGGCAACUUGAAUUGUACCUUCUUCACUCCACGCGAACGUUACAACCGAAAAUACAAUUUGAAUAUUUUGACUCGUGCCCUUUUCCGUGAAUGGGCCAUAAAGGCAGAGAUAAACAAACGUGACGACAUUGUAAUCAAUGACAAAAAGGUGAGUAGUGUGAAUAGGCUGACAAUUCGACAUAUUAAAUAA